GUGUUAAUUUGCUUUGUCCUAUUAAAUUCAACUUUUCGCGAUGGCUUCAGCCAAAAACAAGUAUUCUAAGUUUUACUUAUGCUUCUUACUGCAAAAUCUUGUGUGUUUUCAAAUCCUAAUUGUUGCAGAACCACAAUUUUCAUGCUUCUUCAUUUUCGGAGACUCAUUUGUAGACAAUGGUAACAACAAUUAUCUCCAGACUACCUUAAGAGUUAAUUAUUUACCUUAUGGUAUAGAUUUUCCUACUGGCCCUACCGGUAGAUUCUCCAAUGGUCGAAAUAUCGCAGAUUUUAUUGCAAAAAUGUUGGGCUUCAAAAAUUCCAUCCCUCCAUUUGCCAAUGGUACAACUCGAUUCAUUCUCAGAGGCCUCAACUAUGGCUCAGGGGGUGGUGGAAUUCUUAAUGAAACUGGAACCCAAUUCGGUAAUCUACUGAGUUUGAGCGAGCAGCUAUCAAAUCAUGAAAUCACAAUUUCAAGAAUCCAAAAAUUACUAGGAGGAUCGAAAAAACACCUAAAUGAGUGUUUAUACUAUGUGGGAAUCGGCACCAACGACUACAUACUAAACUAUUUCCCACAAUUCUAUUCCUCAACCACAAUUUAUACCCCACAACAAUUCGCCGCCCUUCUCAUCACUCAAUAUUCAAAGCAGCUUCGGAGGCUGUACAAAGAUGGAGCAAGAAAAGUAGCCGUAUCUGAAGUGGGUGAAUUAGGAUGCAUGCCGGUGGUUAUCGGCGCCUACGGCUCCCCCAAUUCCUCGUCGUGCGUCGAAACCAGCAACGCCAUCGUCCAAAUCUUCAAUCAACAUCUCAAGAUUCUAAUCGACAACCUCAAUCGUGAUUAUCCAAAAGCGAAAUUUGUGUAUACCCGAUUUAUCGCCCUCUCUGCGUCAACCGGUAAUAUAAAGAUUGUGAGUGAGCCGUGUUGCGUGGUGGGGACGGGGCUGUGUAUUGAGGGAAGCGCUCCAUGCAGCGACAGAGACGACUAUAGGUUUUGGGAUGAAAUCCAUCCCACGGAGGCGGCGGCGGCCGUCGCCGGCGCUACUGCCUACGAUGACAUUUCGCCCUUGGUUGCGUUUGUUGACAACUAGCCAUGCCUAUGAUGACAUUUCGCCCUUGGUUGCGUUUGUUGAUAACUAGCCAGAAUUACUCAAUAAAUUUUGAUGUGAAUACUCUAUGAUUUGUUUGUAAGGAUAGAUUAAUUAUAAUUGUACAGAGAGUAUAAGAUGAUUAUUUAAAGAAAUAAAUGUUAAUUCUAUCGAAU